CGCUCCCCGACGGCGACUUCCCGCCGCAGUUCACCAUGCGGCUGCGCGACCGGCGCGUGCAGCAGACGUUCCCCGUGCGGCUCACGUGCCAGGCGGUGGGCUGCCCGGAGCCGCGCGUCGUCUGGGAGAAGGACGGCCAGCCCCUGCAGGGCCAGCCCGGCCAGCAGCACGACGAGAGGUACUCGUUCCACCGAUCCGACGACGGCUUCCACACCCUGGAGCUGACGGGCGCACUGUUGGAGGACGCCGGCGAAUACUCUGCCACGGCGAGCUCGCCCCUGGGCGCGGUCACCUGCCGCUGCACCCUGGUCGUCGACAAGGGCAUCCGCGCCUACCUGGCGCCCGAGUUCGUGGCCGAGGUCGGCCCCAGCGACGAGGUCGAGGUGUGCGAGGGCGAGGACCUCUACCUGUUCGCCAUGGUGGAGGCGUACCCGAGCGUCGGUGUCGUGUGGCACCGCGACGCCGUCCGCCUCCGCCAGUCGCAGCACACGACGGCCACCCUGGACCGCGACGGCCGCGUCGAGCUGUGCAUCCGCCACGUGACGAGCCACGACGCGGGGGUGUACACGUGCACGGCCUCCAACGAGGUGGGCCGCGCCAGCAGCGCCUCCAGGGUGCGCGUCGUGGCGGCGGCCAGGGGCGCCCCCAAGGCCACCCCCGUGCUCAAGGACGACGUCGACGACGCCGCGGCCUCGCCCGCGCCAGCAGACUUGCCGUACUCCAAGGAGCCCGCCUUCAUCCGCAAGCCGCGCUCCUUCGACGUGGAGGAGGGCGACAACGUGGUCAUCGUGUGCGAGGUCGUCGGCGACCCCAAGCCGGAGGUGUCCUGGCUGCGCGACUGGCUCAAGCCUGACUACUACCACCACUCGCCCCAGUUCGUGCGGGUGGGGUCCGGCCCGGAGUACCGCCUCGAGAUCCCCCAGGUGCGCCUGGACUUCACCGGCACCUACGCCAUCCUGGCCAGGAACGAGCAUGGGGACGCCAAAGCCAUAAUAUCGCUGCAGGUCUUCGCCAAGGGUCAAGGCAUGGGGGACGACUCCAAGCGGAGGACAGUGAAGCGCGGCAAGGAGGAGACCCUCCCCUCCGUGGUGCAGCCCCUGCAGGACCUCCGCUGCUGCGACGGCGACGCCGUGACGCUCGAGUGCCGCGUCGACGCCUCGCCCGAGCCCGACGUCCACUGGAAGAAAGACGGCAAGUUGGUGCGCCUCAACGACAACUACCAGGCGGAGCUGCUGGAGGGCGGGCGCGCGCGCCUGCGCAUCCAGCGCGUGGUGGCCGAGGACGAGGGCCAGUACAGCUGCGUGGCCUUCAACAGCCUGGGCAGGGCCACGACGGCCGCCUGCCUCGUCGUCGAUGUCCCCGAGGAGAAGGAGAACCUCGUGUCCGGGCAGCUGGACCGACCCAACAACCUGCGGUCGGCCGGCUCCACGCCGAGGUCCACGCCGAGGUCCACGCCCAGGUCCACGCCAUCCCGGAGUGCGUCGCCCUACAUACCGAGAGGCGGUCUGCGCGAGGUGGCGCCGACAUGCCCCGGCCUGGACCGGCCCCGCCGCACGCGGCCCUCGGCGCCACGCUUCUACGCCGUGCCGCACAACCGCGUGGCGGAGCUGGGCGAGACGGUGCGCUUCCAGUGUGCCGUGGCGGGCCACCCGCAGCCCUGGGCGCGCUGGGACAAGGACGGCCAGGCCUGCGCGCCCACGGCCAGGAUGUCCAUCACGGAGCGCGACGACGUGCGCACCCUGGAGGUGCGGCAGGCCACCCUGGAGGACGCCGGCCUGUACCGCGUGGUCGUAGAGAACGACUACGGCCGCGUCGAGGCCACCGCCCGCCUCGAGGUCAUCGGCCACCGCGGAGCCCGGCCGCAGUCGCUCCGGGCGUGGAGCGCCUCCCCGGCCAGGACGACGCCGGCCUUCGGGCGCCGGCCCGCCAGCCAGGUCUCCCGCGUCGGCGGCGAGGUGACCCUCUCGUGCGACCUGGACGGCUCGCCCUCCCCCGUCACCAACUGGUACAAGGACGGUGAGCUGGUUCUGCGCGGGUCCCGCGCCACGCCGUCGUGGGACGGGCGCGUGUGCCGCCUGGCGCUGCGCAAGGUGCGCGCCGCGGACGCGGGGGUGUACACGUGCGUGGCCGCCAACGACGCCGGCGAGACGCGCUGCUCCGCGCAGCUCCUGGUCCUGGACAAGGGCGACCCCAGCGACGCGGACCGCCGGCCGCCCGUCUUCGUGCGCGGCAUCCCGCGGCACACGGACGCCGCCGAGGGCAAGCCCCUGGAGCUGCAGGUCGAGCUGCGAGGCUCGGCCCCCUUCCAAGUGGUGUGGCUCAAGAACGGCGUGGAGCUGCCGGACUGCGGCGACUUCAAGCAGCUGUCCCUGGGCGACGGCCGCUUCGCGCUCCGCAUGCAGGACAUGUUCCCCGAGGACGCCGCCACGUACUCGUGCGAGGCGUUCAACGGGCACGGCGAGGCGCGCUCGCACGGCACCGUCACCGUCCUGGACGGUGCUCCCCGAGGCGCCACCGCCGCCACCUGGACCAAGACCCCCCUGGGCGUGAUGGCGUCCCCGGGCUCGUCGGCGUCCUUCUGCGCCCGGCUGAGCGACCCCCAGUCCCGGCCGAGGAGGGUCACCUGGAGCGUGGCUGGUCGCAGCAUCGCGCCGGACAACAUCAAGUACCAGGUGGUCGAGGACGGCGACGAGCUGCUGCUGCACGUG